UAAAGAUGAUAAACUUUAUUAAAAAUAUUCCUCUGUAAUUGAUGUAUAACUGUAAGCUCAACAAUUUCCCAUACCUGCCAGUUGUUUUUAAUGUGAUGUGUUGAAGCCAAUAGUUUGUCAGGUGUCAACUUUCUAAAGAUCAUAUUCCAUGUGGGAAAAUGUGCAGUGUUCUUGUAGCAGAAAGGGAACUACUUAUCCCAUGCAUUAUGUAGUUGCCUCAGACUUUUUAUGAACUUAAUAUCUCUUCACAAGCAGGCAACUGACUCAUUCUUUGCCAGAGUUCCUUUGUCAGGGUAGAAUGAAAUAUAAAAGCUGUCAACUAAAUUUUGACAAUAAUAACUUCAAGUGGCAGCAGUCAUAAAUUUCUUUUUUGUGUGGUUCUGGGUUUAAUCUUUCAUCUAAGCUCUCUAUUGUAGCUAUUCAUGGAAGUCUAUUUUGCUUAUAUCAUGCAGCCUACCAUUUACUGUAAUGACUUCAUAAAACAGUCAUUUGAAAAAGAACUUGGAAUUUCUGGUAUUGUUUCCUCUGCCAUUGUUCAUUCUUUCCUAAUCUCCCACCUACUCUAAACCUGGGUGCAGGAGGAAUGGAAAGCCAGCACACACUAAACCUCUAGCUAUAAAGGAAUGGUCACCCUGAGAAGUCCCACUGUAAUCAGUCACUUCCAGAGAAGAGUACACUUUCUGCUGAAUUAAGAAGUCCUUCCUUGUUGUCUAAUUGGGUACAUGUCAUAGAGGAUGGAAAAACAGUGUGUGAAGGAAGGUUUUCGGGAUUAGGGGAAAAGGCUAUACUGAAAUGAACAUUGUGAGAAAACGCAAUUUAAUGAUACCUUGGAGUAUAUUCUUGCUUCAUAUACUGCUGUUUUCAUUACAAGGCUGUAUUUGUACAUCAUCCAUCUUGACGAGAACAUCAAAAAACGGGUUUAAUGAAAAUGGACAGAAAAGAGCUCUUUUAGCAGCCCAGUUUGAAGCAACUUCUCCAAGAUACUUCUUCCAUGAAGCUAUUAAUUGGGGUGAGAGCAAAAUAAAAGGUUCUUGUCCUCAUGAAUGCCUUAACGGAGCUUUCUGUUCUAAGGCUGGUACAUGUGACUGUCAAAUAUUUCAGGCUCUUGGGACACGGUGCCAGAUUGUGCCAAACAUGGGCAAUGGCAGAGAUGGGAUUUGCAAAACCUGGGGACAAUACCACUUUGAAACUUUUGAUGGCAUCUACUAUUAUUUCCCGGGAAACUGUUCUUACAUUUUUGCAAAGGACUGCGGUAAUUUGGAACCUCGGUAUACUGUGUGGGUUCACAAUAGCCCUAAGUGCCUUGGUUCAGUGUAUUAUUGUUAUCGCUCGAUCAGCUUGUUCUUUUCAGACCAAGAAGAAAUUCGAAUUUAUGGGCAUGAAAUAAAAAAGAAUGGAAUCAGUUUAACAUUGCCUCAGACAAUUGGACAGGUUUUCAUUGAGAAACUAGCUGACUAUAUUCUGGUGAAAACAACCUUUGGUUUUUCAUUGGCUUGGGAUGGAAUAUCUGGAAUUUACUUGAAACUGUCUGAGGACCAUAAAGGGAAAUCAUGUGGCCUAUGUGCAAACUACAAUGGCAUUCAAUCUGAUGAUUUCAUCAUUCAGCAAGAGGACUAUACAGAAGACAUUGCUGUGUUUGCAAAUAGUUGGUCGGUGCAAACUGCAGAUGACACCAAAUGUGUACCCACACCCUCAGAUUUUCCAAAUCCUUGCUCCAGCGGAAUGCCAGCAUUUGAGGCAAUCUUCUUCAAGUGUCAGAUCCUCUUGCAAUUUCCCUUUUUGAGCUGCCAUGAAUAUAUUGAUCCAUAUUUAUAUAUUGCCAGCUGUGUUAAUGAUCUUUGCAAAACUCAUGAUGAUGAGACCUAUUGUCGAGCGGCCACUGAGUAUGCUAGAGCCUGUUCCCAUGCGGGCUACCCUAUUCAAGAUUGGAGAGAUGACUUUCCAGCAUGCAUUGAUAAAUGUGAUGACAGCUUUGUCCACCGGGAUUGUAUCAGUUGUUGCCCACCAACCUGCACAUUCGAGAAGCAGUGUCUAGGGAGCAAUCUCCAUUGUCUCGAUGGAUGUUACUGCCCAGAUGGCCUCAUAAUGGAAAAUGGGACUUGCAUCUCCUUGGAAAACUGCCCAUGCAAUUUUCAUGGAUUAGCAUAUUCAGUUGGCUCAAAAAUUGAACAAGAAUGUACUGAAUGUGUAUGUGUUGGUGGAGUUUGGAACUGCACUGAGCAUGACUGCCCAGUUCAGUGCUCCGUUGUAGGUGAUUCUCAUUUUACUACUUUUGAUGGUCGACAUUAUUCUUUCAUUGGAAUGUGCCAAUACAUCCUUGUAAAAGGAACUGGAAAAGAUAAAUUCACAAUUACUUUACAGAAAGCUCACUGUGAACAGAACCUUGGCUUGGUCUGCCUUCAGUCUGUAACUCUGAUUCUGGAGGAUGAUUUUAACAAACAAGUGACCGUCAGUAGGGGAGGACAGAUCCUCACCAGUCCUGACCAAGGCUUCAACCUGAAUGGAAUUGUUGAAAUUCAGACUCUGUCAUCCUUAUUUAUUCUUCUAAAAACCACAUUUGGUUUAAAGAUUCUGUUCGCUGUAGAUGGGGAAAGAGUUUAUAUUCAGCUAUCUAGUGCGUGGAAAAGAAGAACAUUAGGUCUGUGUGGCACAUUUAACGGGAACAUAAGGGAUGAUUUUCUAAUGGUUGGAUAUGCAGCACACUGUGAUGUUAUCCACCAGGAGCUCUUUACUCCUUGCCACAUCUACAUUAGCCCUGGGCUAUACUAUCAGCUGUGCCGCCACGAUGCGUGCAAGUGUGGAAGCGCCUGUCUGUGCAAUGCUCUUGCCCACUAUGCCUACCUCUGUGGCCAACGUGGCAUUCCCAUCGAUUUCAGAGCUCAGAUUUCAUUCUGUGGGGUGGUGUGUCAGAAAGGCAUGAUGUACCAUCACUGCGCCUCCUUCUGUCGCCGCUCCUGCCUCUCCCUCUCUUCCCCGGAGCAGUGCAACGAUGACUGUGCUGAAGGCUGCAACUGUCCUGAAGGCAAAUACUAUGAAGACACGCUUAGCUUUUGCGUGCCCAUAUUUCACUGCCGGUGUCAUUACAGAGGCAGUAUUUACCAACCUGGAGAGCUCAUCCCAACACCCUCAGGCUUAUGCCAGUGUUCAAAUGGGACCGUGAAAUGUGAUGAAUUAGCAACGCCCUCUACUGUUCACAUCUGCCCUGAGGGAAAACAGUAUUUCGACUGUAGGUUUCCUGACCCUGAAUUACCAGCUGGUGGUAUAAAUUGUGAAACUACAUGUGCAAACUUGGCUAUGAACUUCACUUGCGCCCCAUCAUCACCCUGCAUAAGUGGCUGUGUUUGUGCCCCAGGGAUGGCAGAGCACAAAGGAAAGUGUUACAUUCCUGAAAGCUGUCCCUGUAUCUGGAAAGAUUGGGAGUACCUCUCAGGGGAAAGUACAGAUGAUUCAGAUAUAUCUGUCAUUGCCCAGAACAAGAAAUGCUUUGACAACGAUAUUGUUUGUUCUAAAAGUGUUUUGAUUUCGGUUGGAGCCACUGAGAUUUACCUGAAUGAUUCUCCUUACAAACAGAAACGAUCAGGUUUUUUUCUGGAAAAUAAACCAACGUAUCAGUUGUGGAAGGCAGGGUACUACAUGGUGGUAUACUUUCCAGAGAAAGACAUCACUGUUCUUUGGGAUGAAAAGACAACCAUCCAUAUCAAAGUUGGACCACAGUGGAAGAACAAAUUAUCAGGAUUAUGUGGAAACUUUGACAAAUGUACUUCAAAUGAUAUGACCACAUCCAAUAACUUAGAAGUGAGAAAUGCCCAGGUAUUUGGAGAUAGUUGGGCAUUAGGACAGUGCGAAACCCCGGUUGAAUCAUUUAAACCCUGUGAAGCACAUCAAAACAAAUUUCCUUAUGCCAAGAAAGAAUGUUCCAUUUUGUACAGUGAUGUUUUUGCUCCUUGUCGCAAUAUGAUUGAUGUCACUUCCUUUGCUAAAAAUUGUCAUGAAGACACGUGUAACUGUAACCUUGGUGGGGACUGUGAAUGUUUAUGCACAAGCGUGGCAGCAUAUGCGUACAAGUGUUGUCAGGAAGGGGUUUCUGUUCAUUGGAGAUCAUCUACUGUUUGUUCACUUGAUUGUGACUACUACAAUGAAGGACUUGGAGAAGGACCAUAUAUGCUGGCAAGUUAUGGGCAGACUGGCCUUAUUCUGGGAGCCAAUAUGACCAGUGGGAGCAUUUUCUCUCUGCCAAGAAGUAGUAUUCAUGGCAAUUUAUUUUUUAAUUUUAUGAUCACUCCAGGCCUUUUCAAAGAGAAGGCAUCAUCAUUGGCACUUGUUUCUCUGGAAUCUGCCGAAAGGCCCAACUACUUUCUCUGGGUCCACGAUGAUGACGCUCUUCGUUUGAAACUGUGGGAAGCGAAUUCAGCCUUUCAGCGGAGAGCCACGUUUUUUCACCAUCAGGACCUCUGGAUUCCUGGUUACAGCGCUUUUGAGUUAUACAACAAGAAAGGCUUUUUCAUCGUAUUGACAGAUUCUAGUGCCAAAGCAGCAAAAUAUGAUGACUCUGAAGAAUUUAAGCAUUUAAGUAGCUUCAGUGUGGAAGAGAUCCAGGCAGCAGUGCCCUACAGGAGGAUGUGCGAAUGGAAAUACGAACCUUGUGCCACUCCCUGUUUUAAAACGUGCAGUGACCCUGAAGCUCUCGCGUGUAAAUUUCUUCCACCGAUUGAAGGAUGCUUGCCUUACUGCCCUAAACAUAUGAUCCUUGAUGAAGUCACUCUCAAAUGUGUCUAUCCAGAAGACUGCAUACCUCUGAUUCCCACAGAGCCAGCAUUAAUUUCACCAGGUCCAGAAACGAUUACUCCAUCAGCCUUCACUGCAGUUGACAUGCUAACAACAACAACAGGUUUGGAAUGUGAGCCUCAACAAUUUGAUCCUGUUUAUAAUUGUAGCCAAUACAUAUGCCUUAACAUGGAAUGGAAGCUGUACAACUGGUCUCUUCAUUGCCCGAAGGCCUUGGAGAUGCCUGACUGUGGUUUCCGGGGGAGACCUGUUCAAGUGAACAGAGAUAUCUGCUGCCCGGAGUGGGAAUGUCCGUGUCGGUGUUCCAUGUUGUCAGAACUCAGCAUUAUUACUUUUGAUGGAAAUAAUGCAGCAUUAUAUAGUAUGGCAUCUUAUAUCUUAGUGAGAAUUCCUGGGGAAGUUAUAGUUGCUCAUAUUGAAAAAUGUUCCAUGAAUCAGAAUGGAAACUCAUUUAAAAAGCUAGCUUCCUCUGGAAGAGUCUCUGGACUUUGUUUUAAGAAGUUAAAUUUGACCACAUCUCUACAUAAAGUACUUGUCAAUCGGAUAGCAAGAAAGGUAGAAGUGGAUUCUGUUGUUGUGCCUUUGCCCUUUUCAAAUCAAGAUCUGUCCAUAGAGGAUUCUGGUUCAAUGUAUGUGAUUACUACUCCAGCUGGACUAAUCAUAAAGUGGACUCAUCUUACGGGGAUCGUAGACAUUCAUUUUGGCUCUCAGUUUAACUUGUCAUCCUACACAGAAGGACUCUGUGGAAAUUGCAAUGAAGAUCCAGAUGAUGAUCUAAGGAUGCAAAAUGGCACAAUCAUUACAAAUAUGGAAGACAUAGAAUUGUUUAUUGAGAGCUGGGAAAUUGAGAAAUCAUUUGAAGUAACAACAAGAAGGCCUGUGAGAAACUGUACUGAGCAUGACUGCAGUCACUGCAUUGAGUUAUUAAAUAGAAGAGUUUUCAUCCCAUGCCAUGAUAAAGUUUCACCACAAGACUUUUGUGAAAAGAUGUGGAUCAAUUAUACCUAUUUUUGGAACUAUGAAUGUGAUGCCCUUUCUGCAUAUGUGGCUGUAUGCAACAAGUUUGACAUUUGUAUUCCAUGGAGAACACCUGAUUACUGCUCUCUGACUUGUCCAGAGGGGAAGGAAUAUCAACCCUGUGUGCGACCUUGUGAAGCAAAAACAUGUCUGAACAGAUGGUUCUAUGGACAUUCUUCAUGUUUGAAUUUAAGAGAAGACUGUGUGUGCAAAAAUGGAACCACUCUUCACAGGCCAGAUUCAACUCAAUGUAUUCCAGAGAAAGAAUGUGCAUGCACUGACAGUGAAGACCAGCCUCGAACUGCUGGUGAAGUUUGGAAUGGGGGCAUUGACGAAUGUGCCUUGUACAAAUGUUUCGCAAAUGGAAGCAUUAUUCCCAUAGAACCUGACUGUGAUGAACAGCCCUCACCAAUUUGUGAACGAGAAGCUGAAGUCGUCCUGGUCUUCAUUGAUAGGUGGACCUGCUGUUCAAAGGAAGUUUGCAGAUGUGACAUGACUUUGUGUGAAACUGCCAUUCCAACAUGUACAAAUAGUCAAAAACUGGUUGUUGGCCAUAGCCCCAUUUCUUGCUGUCCACAGUACCAAUGUGAAUGUGACCCAUUCAAAUGCCCCACAAUUUCAAUACCAGAAUGCAGAGAAGAUCAAUUCAUGAUUCAGGUUCAAGAGGAAGAGACUUGCUGCUUUUCUCCUCUCUGUGUUUGCAAACCUUGCACUGAACCUAUUCCACUGUGUACUGACGGAGAAUUUCUCACUGUGGAUCUUAAUACCACACACUUCUGUUGUCCUCAAUAUUACUGUGUGUGUGAGCCAAAUCUUUGUCCUAUGCCUCUAUUCAGCUGUGCAGAAGAUAUGAAUCUUGUGAAAGAAAAUGUAUCUGGUCAAUGUUGUCCAACAUGGCAUUGUGAAUGUAGCUGUGAAAAUCUUGUUAUGCCAACUUGUGAAGUGGGAGAAUUUACUGCAAUAGACUACAACUUUCAGAGUGACUGUGGAUGUGUACAGUAUCUCUGUGAAAAGGAUGAUGUGUGUGUAUUUCAAGAAAUAUCAGUAUUGAAUCCUGGCCAAUCUAUGAUAAGGUAUUUGGAAGGGGAUUUUUGUUACAUGGUAGAGUGUCUCGAAGAAAAAGAUAACCAUACAGGCUUCCACACUUUGAACUUUACAAUGGUGAAUUGUUCAAAAGAAUGUGAUAUUCACCAGGUAUAUACUCCAUCUCCAAGUGAUUAUGAUUGUUGCGGUACCUGCAAAAAUAUAUCCUGCAAAUUUCAAAUGGAAAAUGGAACAACACUUAUAUAUGAGGAGGGGAGCACCUGGCACUAUAAUUGCACAACAUUUGAAUGUGUUAAGACUGAUGAAGGGGCAAUGAUUCUUAACUACAGUAUGGUCUGUCCACCUUUUAAUGAGACUGAAUGCAAAAUGAAUGAAGGGAUUGUGAAGCUUUAUAAUGAAGGCUGUUGCAGGAUCUGCAAACGAGAAGAAAGAAUAUGCCAGAAAGUCAUUAUUAAGUCAAUUAUAAGGAAACAGGACUGUAUAAGUCAAAGCUCUAUAAACGUUGCAUCUUGUGAUGGAAAAUGCCCAUCAGCUACCAUAUAUAACAUCAAUAUUGAGAGCCAUCUAAGAUUCUGUAAGUGUUGUCGUGAAAACGGGGUGCGCAACUUGACUGUGCCACUCUAUUGCUCAGGCAAUGGCACUGAAGUCCUGCACACUCUCCAGGAACCUAUAGACUGCACAUGCCAGUGGAAUUAAACUCCUGGAUUCUAAGAACUCCAUGCAGCAUCAUAAGGUCAAACGGAGUUAACUGUUAUCAGCUCUUUUUAAGGCGCCUGGCAGAUUUAUACUGUUUAAUAAUAAUAUGUAUUUUUCAGACUAUUGGAUAUGGCAGUUUAACACUUGCUGCAAAAUCUAUACAAUUUCCAAGAAAAAUUAGGUUUAUUGAUUUAGUCUAUUUUACAGAAUCAAAUGAACUUAAGGUGUUCAGCUGAAAUUCUGUUAUGUAUAUAACUGCAACAUGAAAUUAUAUUCUCAUCUAUUAUAAAGUUGUUUUGCAGGAUUCUUUCAGUUUCACUCAAUUUUUUUUUAAGUCUGCCAUAGACUUUAAAAUUAAGAUACUCUUUUAUUGCUAGUGUUUAUUCUGGCAAAUGUAAUCAGCUAAUAGUGACAAUUUUAAUUUAGAUAGUCAUAAAGAGUGGUCUGCUUAGAGACAGAUCAUAGAACAAUAGGAUUUUAGAUUAUUUAAAUUCUGAGUGGAUAUUAAGGAUGUAAUUGAAAAUUUCCCUUAGUUUGCAAGUUUUUCACAUAACCAGAGAAGCUGUGUGACUUGUACAAAUUCAUUUGGUGUAAUAAUAUAAUGAAUUCAUGUUAACAGUUGGAUUAAGUCCUCACCUUUUACCUUCCAGUAAUGUGUUCUUUUCUUUUGAACAGUGUGGUAAAGUGUGUAUCACAGAACCUUUUAUUCUUAAUGAGUUUGCUUUGCCUAGAAUUAAGAAUUUUAAAUUCAGUGCCUUUAAAAAAGUAAAAAUGCCACACGUACAUAUGUAUAUACAUCCAUAUAAUUGUUACCUGAAUAAUAAGGAAUGGGGAAAUAUAGCAUCAGUUGCUAAAUAGUGGAGAGAGAUCUUGGGUUUUUGUUUUAUUUUUUCCCUAUUACAACUGUUUUAAAAUAGGUUAUUAUUAUUUAAUGUUUAGUUAGCUAUUUACUGUCUCAUAGAUAUCUGUUUUUUGAGAUGUAUUCAAUAUUUGCCUAACUAUUGAAGCUGCAUGCUAUUUUUCUGUUUUGUGUUGCUGUUUUGCCAGUGAAGGAUGAAAUAAAGUUGUUUGAAUGUA